AUGCUGACCGGUCAGGGCGUGCGGUUUUGCUGCAUCUGGCAGCUGCCACGGCGAGCGAGGCCGCGAUCGUCGCCAUGCGAAACGGCGGGACGAGACACGGGAGGACGAAUGCUCGGCGACUUGACGCUGCGAGGCAGGUCGACCGCAAAAGGCAGCCCGGGGGUCGCAGCGCUGGAUGGCUGGCACUGGCAACCACGAAGGCAGGCUGGCCCGUGCCACCGACCCCGCCGCGGUGGGCUCCUGGUGCUUGUUCUAGAAGGAUGUCUGACUGGCUUGGCUUCGAGUGCCGCCGCGCGGGCGGGUCGGCGUCGCAUGGCGAGUGGUGCUGGCGAGCAGGGAGCAGGGCGCAGGGAGGAGGAGACGCGCUGGGGCCAGCCGGAGAGGCGCGGGCUUGGAGGGUGGAUGGGCGGAUAA